AUGGCCACAAAAAGUCCGCCCAGGAAGCGCAAAGACGCCGGUGCUCCGAUUUCCCCUCCUCCCCUCAAAAAGGCCGUCAAGAGCACAACUACAACAAGCUUCUUCACCCCAGCCUCCCAGAAACCAAAAGAUCGAACCGUCUGGUCGGAACGAGGCCCUACCGAUGACGUCCCGGCAACCCUCUUGGUCGGCAGAUACCAGCCCGAGAAUGACGAUCCGACGUCUCGCCAAAAGCGGAGGAAAAUAGCUGCAUUUGACCUCGACUCGACUCUCAUCACUACAUCGUCCGGGAAGAAGCACGCCUCCAGCGGAGCAGACUGGAAGUGGUGGGACAGCAAAGUGCCCGGGCGGCUACGAGAGCUCCACGAGCAGGAAGGCUACCAUGUCGCGAUCCUCUCCAACCAGGCCGGAUUGAAGCUGCAUUUCGAUGCAAAGUACAAGGGCCCAAAGGCUGCUGUGCAGAAGCGCGUCGCAGACUUCAAACAAAAGUGCACUGCUGUGCUAACCGCGCUCGAUCUUCCGAUAGCCCUCUAUGCGGCCACGGAAAAGGACAUCUAUCGGAAGCCCAGGACUGGCAUGUGGAAGGAGCUCUGCGAGGAUCUCGAGAUUCCCGAGGAAGAGGUUGAUCUGAAGGGAAGCUUCUUCGUCGGUGAUGCGGGCGGCCGAGUCGCGUUGCUGGGGAAAGGAGACAGCAGUGCAGCAACAGCAGCAGCGGCAUCUGUACCAAAGGAUUUCAGCUGCUCCGACCGGAAUUUCGCUCACAAUGUCGGCAUCGACUAUAAGACACCCGAGGAGUUCUUUCUGGGAGAGCAGCCCAGGGACUUUAUUCGCGAAUUUGACCUGGUCAACUUUGCAUUUCCUGGAGACGACGCAUCGCUGGAUACUGCCAAGGACCUCUUUGAGAAGAAAAACGACCAGGACGUCGUCUUGUUCUGCGGUCCUCCGGGUGCCGGGAAGAGCACGUUCUACUUUAAAGUCCUCAAGCCUCUUGGAUAUGAACGGGUGAAUCAAGACACAUUGAAGACCCGCGACAAAUGCAUUCAAGCUGCCAAGGAUCUGCUUAAAGCCGGCAAGUCUGUAGUUGUUGACAACACAAAUCCAGACCCCGAUACACGGGCCUUGUGGAUUGACGUCGCGAGAAAAGCGAGCGUUCCGAUUCGGUGUGUAUGGUUCUCAACGCCGGUCAUGGUAUGUGAGCACAACGAUGCUGUUCGGGCCCACAACGCUGCACUCAACCCCGAGGCCAGGGAGAGUCUGCCCAAGCUGGCCUUUACCGGCUUUGCAUCUAGGUUCAAGGAGCCAAAGGAGAAGGAAGGUUUCCAGGACGUGACGGAGGUGAAAUUCCAGUUCCGAGGCACAAAGGAAGAAUACGCUCUUUGGGGCCGGUACUGGGUCUGA